UCAAGGUUUACUUUUUAAUGGUUCUUGGUCGCCAACUCGCUAUGAACUAUUUUGUCCUUGACGAAUUUUAAAACGCUGCUGUGUAGUGUUACUGUUAGACGAGUGAACUGUGUAAAAAGUGUGUUUUCGUGUUGUACUUCAACACAUUUAUACCGAUUUUAAACAGCGUUGAUUUCCCCAAAAAAAUCGAUCAAAAUGAGCAGUUCUGAUCUCGAUAAAAAAUACCACAACUCGUUGAAAACAUACGAAUACAACUACCACACAUUUUUCCCAAUCGGCGAACCGGACGAAGAAACGAUUAAACUGAGAUUCAAAGUACGAGCCCAUCGCGACGCUCACAUAUUAUUAUCACCUUGCAUGUAUCCAGAAGAAGGAUCACCGGUUUACGAGAUUGUCCUAGGUGCGGGAAAUAAUACUUAUUCGGUGCUGAGAAAAUGCCAGCAAGGAGACGAACAAGCUAUGACCGAAUCCGAAGAAUCUCUAGUAUCGCCGGACGAAUGGCGCGAGUAUUGGAUCAAAAUUAAGAAAAAUAAAAUCAAGAUAGGAAGGGAUGACGAGAAAGCUUUUUUAAAAUGGAAAGAUCCGCAACCUAUACCGAUCAAUUUCUAUAGCUUUUCCAGUUACGAAGGAGCAGCUGCUUUAUGGAUUUUUCCUUGUUUCAAAGAUAAGGAUUUUUGGUUGUGAGAUAACGAUACCUUUGCAUACUAUAAUGUAAUAUUUUUAUACUGUAUCUACUUUCAAUAGGCCCAAUGUAAGGCUACCUAGUUUUUAACUUACGUGAGUAAAAUAUAAGUGUUUUUAUACGUUUUGAAAUUUCAUGAAAUAAUUUCUUUGUAAUUAUGAUUCCUGAUAAUGUUUCUAAUACGUAGUCUUUGAGAUUGAUUUUUGAAAAAUGUUUCGCUCUUGCCUCGUUCAGGCAAGAAGUAUUUUUCAUUUUGAGGAAAUAUUUAGCUGUGUUUCAAACUAUUUUGUUUUCUCCUGCCUCAUCAUUUCUGUUUCGAAUUCCAUCAACAUUUUGAAAUUCCUGGUACGAAAAGAUGUAUGUAGAUACCAAGAAUUACCUUUGCCUCCUAUUCGAGCUCAUGCAAAAAUAAAAAUCCCAAGAACGUAGAUAAAUAAAAUUAAACAGUGAUUUAAUUCUAUGCAGUUCACUGCUAUCGGGCCUCAUCUUGGAGAGAGAAACUUUUUAAUUCUCGCCGGAUUGAUAAGUCAUAACGAUAAGCUUAAUUAACGAAAUUACUAAAAUCUUAUUCAACUUUCGACAAACACAAAUAUCAACAAGGGUUAAGAAAACAUAGUCGUGCAUUAAUUUUUAAAUAACGAAGUAACGGAACCGCGUGAAAAAUUUUACUCUUUGAGCAGUCGCAUUCUUCAAUUGACCAGUGACUAGUGUAAUUUUUUGCGUGUUUUUAAAUCGACAGAAGUAAUUUUUCAUUCAACACAACCAUUCGAAAUGAGCAGUGCAGAUCUCCAUAAAAAAUAUCACAACUCGUUGAAAACAUACGAAUACGGCUACCAUAAUUUUUUCCCAAUAGGCGAACCAGAUGAAAAAACAAUUAAGCUGAGAUUCAAAGUGCGAGCCCAUCGCGACGCUCACGUAUUAUUAUCAUCUCGUAUGCAUCCAGAUGGAGGAUCUCCAGUUUACGAGAUUGUCUUAGGUGCGGGAAAUAAUACAUAUUCGGUGCUGAGAAAAAGCCAGCUAGGAGAGGAACAAGCUGUGACAGAAUCCGAAGAAGCUCUAGUGUCAGCGGGCGAAUGGCGCGAAUUCUGGAUCAAAAUAAAGAAAAACAAAAUAAAGAUAGGAAGGGAUGACGAGAAAGCUUUUUUGAAAUGGAAAGAUCCGCAUCCUAUACCGAUCAAUUUCUAUAGCUUUUCUAGUUACGAGGGAGCAGCUGCUUUGUGGAUUUUUCCUUGUUUUAAUGAUAAAAAUUUUUCGUUGUGAGAUGUUUAAUAAUGUCACCAUUAAUGUAAAUAUUUAUACUACUUUCAAUAGGUCUAGGUUUAUACUAUUCGUGUGAGUAAAAUGUGUGUUUUUAUA